CACUCUCCAAUGUAAUAUAUGCUCGCCUGACGAUCCUUAGGGUUAUCUUUGCGGCCAGUGCCCACAGGGAUCCAGGGUUUUCCCUCUCUCCGCCUCCAUCCUUUCAUCCUCGAAGCAUCACCCAUGGCGCCCACAAAGAAGGCGAAGAAGAGUACCGAGAGCAUAAACAACAGGCUCGCUCUCGUGAUGAAGAGCGGGAAGUAUACCCUUGGGUACAAGACGGUCCUCAGAUCCCUUCGGAACUCCAAAGGAAAGUUAAUACUUAUUGCAAACAAUUGCCCUCCUCUUCGCAAGUCUGAAAUCGAGUAUUACGCGAUGUUGGCUAAGGUUGGCGUACAUCAUUUCAAUGGGAAUAAUGUGGACCUUGGAACAGCUUGCGGCAAAUACUUCCGUGUAAGCUGCCUUAGCAUUAUUGAUCCAGGUGACUCUGACAUCAUCAAGAGUAUCCCAGGUGACCAAUGAGAUGAAGGGAAUACCGAGGUUGUACUUGUGUCUUAGGAAUUAUGUUUAGGUUCUUGCUUGGCAUGGUAUUUCCUAUUAUAGUUAACUGUCCAAAUUUUUGACUGGAAACUGUUGCAAGAUAAAUGUUGCAUUGUCCUGUUUUUGUUUCUGUUGCUGUGUCAUAUUUUAUGGUGAAUGGAGACUUAUUCUUGAGUACCAGGUGAAACGUUUUGAAUGGAUUGUGAGACCAAGUUUUAAUUA